AGGAAUCAACAAACUCUGCCAUGUUUACACCACACGAAUCAGGAAACUGCACUACCGACCGAGCAGUUUUUGACAAUUUGGCGUGUUAUGGCGUCAGUUUUUCCAGCAUUGUAAAUUCUCAAAAAACUUGCUGAAUUAUGGCUGAAUACUUGGCUUCGAUUUUCGGAACUGAAAAAGAUAAAGUCAACUGCUCUUUCUACUUCAAAAUCGGGGCUUGCCGGCAUGGCGAUCGUUGUUCCAGAAUACACAACAAACCAACGUUUUCCCAAACGUGUCUUUUGCAGAAUUUGUACGUGAAUCCUCAAAACUCCGCGAAAUCUGCCGACGGGAGUCACUGUAAGUUCCCCUCAGGUUUGUGUCCACUUUUCACGAUCCAAAUUUCAGUGGUUGCAAACGUCUCUGACGAAGAGAUGCAAGAGCAUUACGAUAACUUUUUCGAGGACGUUUUCGUAGAAUGUGAAGACAAGUACGGGGAAAUUGAGGAAAUGAACGUGUGCGAUAAUUUGGGGGACCACCUUGUGGGAAAUGUCUACAUUAAAUUUCGACGUGAGGAAGACGCUGAGAGGGCUGUUAACGAUUUGAAUAAUCGUUGGUUCGGGGGGCGACCUGUUUAUGCCGAGCUGAGCCCCGUGACUGACUUUAGGGAAGCUUGCUGUCGCCAGUACGAAAUGGGGGAGUGUACACGCUCAGGUUUUUGCAAUUUCAUGCACCUGAAGCCGAUUUCUCGCGAGUUGCGAAGAUACUUGUAUUCUCGGCGAAAAUCUGGCCGCAGGCGUUCUAGGUCUAAAUCACCAAGAAGACGUUCUCGGUCGAGGGAAAGAAGGUCUCGCUCCCCACGCCAUCGCUCGGGGCGCAGCGGCAGAUAUUAAGUUCAUAAUUAUUUUUACACAGGAGUUUUGAGUUUGGAUUUCGUGUAGUGUCUAGUUGUAAGUGAUUUCGUUCCAAAUAAUAAAGGAUUUAAAUUAA